CCGCGCCAGACAAACAGAUGAUCCGCACAGGGUAAAGCAUGGAAGAACUAGCAAUAGAGAGCAUUAACAUUUUAACUAAAUCCUCGCUGGACACAGUUGGAUCAAAAUUAGGUUGUUUAGGAGCGAUUUUCAUCAUGCUCAAGUCCGCCCUGGGUGCAGGACUGCUUAUUUUCCCCUGGGCGUUCGCGAAAUCUGGAGGAAUUCAUGUCGCUGUCACCGUGGAGCUGGCAAGUAGCUAGGUUUCUCUUGUGUUUCUCAUAAGUGGUCUGAUCAUCCUGGGCUAUGCUUCUUCUGUAAGUGGACAAAACACAUAUCAGGCUGUGGUCAGAUAUGUGUGUGGUCCUUCCAUAGGCAAGCUCUGUGAAAUCUGCUAUGUAUUCAAUCUCUUCAUGAUAUCUGUUGCUUUCCUGAUGAUAGUUGCUGACCAGCUUCAGAAACUGUGUUUCUCCAUGUACGAGUUAAUCACAGGCUCACCGGAAUCUGAGAUGCAGUACCACUGGUACACAGACCAGAGAUUUGCACUGUUUCUACUGUGUCUCUUUCUGAUUUUUCCUCUUUCUGUACCCAAGGAGAUCAGCAUACAGAAGUAUACUAGUGUUUUUGGAACUCUUUCUGCCGCCUAUCUGACCGUAGCCAUCAUUGUUAAAUACCACACAAGGCCGAUACAUGUGAUCAAUCUGUCACCUCUUUACAGCAGUGGAAUAAGCCCAUGGGCUUCAAUGUUCAGCGUUGUCCCGACCAUCUGCUUUGGCUUUCAGUGUCAUGAGGCCUGCAUUGCUGUCUACAGUAGUAUGGAGAACAGGAAGCUGUCCCAUUGGGUCUUCAUUUCUGUAGUGUCCAUGUUCAUCUGCCUCAUCAUCUAUUCACUCACUGGAGUUUACGGAUACCUGACGUUUGGGAACAAUGUUGCUCCCGAUGUUCUGAUGUCAUACAGUGGGGAUGAUGUAACAAUGAUCAUUGCCAGACUGCUGUUUGGGAUCUCAAUAAUCACAAUCUAUCCCAUCAUUGUCCUGCUUGGAAGAUGUGUGAUUCAGGAUCCGUUGUUGCAGCGCAGACGCAAACACACAGUGGUAACCGAAUCGUACGAGUGCUGCAUUCGUGUUGGUCUGACCACAGCCUGGAUAAGUGUCACAUUUCUCAUAGCAGUCUUCGUUCCAGACAUUAGCAAAGUGAUCAGUGUUGUUGGAGGAAUCAGUGCUUUCUUCAUCUUUAUAUUUCCAGGGCUUUGUCUAAUAUUUGCUGUGCAGUCAGAGACAGUUCCUCCAUUACUGAGAUAUCUUCUGGUUAUAUGGGGUAUGAUCACACUCUUUUGUGGUUCCUAUAUCUUCGGGCAAAGCACUUCAAUUGCAAUCAUGCAACUCUUGCAUGAGCUUUGAAUAUCUGUGGAAGUGCCAUAAAAAUAUUUCCCAAUUGUGCCAACAGUUACCAUCAGCUACGAUUCCACAAAUGGAUUUUUAUCAUGUGGGCAUCAUUUUCAACAUUGCUCCAGUAUGUUUGGAGUAAAACAGUCAUAUCUAUGUAAUAAUUAUUUUAAACAUGGAUUACAGUCUGCACAACUGUUAUGAUAAUUCAACUUUAUGAGAUACUUCAGACAAAUAUGUAUGUAAAUCUGUGCUAUUUAUAUCUUUUCUUUUUUGAAUGUUCGGCAAUUUUAAUGGCCAAUUUUGCUCAGUAUCAUUAUCAUUUAAAUAAAAUGACUAUGUGUG